UAUAAUUUCCACAUGAGAAAAUGCAUUUACCAAUGCUUGAGUUAUCAUGUUGCCAUCCAAUAUUGCACACCUCUUAUAAGUUUUAUUGGACCAGAGCUUUUUGGGCAAAACAUAAGUUCAAAGCUAGAGAAAACUGUUGUUGCGCAAAUGGCAUACGAAAUAGGUAUUUUGGCUUAUGUUCAGGUUGACCACUUUUUGCACAAUUCAAGCCCCAUCACUCUGGCUUGGGAUGCCACUUUCCUGAAUGGAGCGCACAUUAAUGGGGUGCACAUUCACACAAAAUCCCAUGCAUUAACCAUGCAUAUAGGACACUUGCCGGGUGGAUGCACGGAAGAUUAUGUUGAACACAUAUACCAGUCACUCCUCAAUAAAAGUAUAUUCCUGGGCAUAUGUUUUGCAAGAGAUAGACAUUAAAAAUCACAUCUUUAAAUCCAUUAAAAGCACUAUGUCAGACAGGGCAAAAGUAAACCAUUGUGUAGUUGAGCGCUUGGAGCAUGAUCUACAAACACAAUUAAUACAGCUUAACUGUAACCUCAAUCCCCUUGAUGGCCUGGCCCAUGCUGCUAGAGAUUGUCUUCAAAAACUGGAAACUGAGUGGAGGAGGAAGAGCUCAGGCUAUAAGCAGAAUGGCGGCAUUGUUGCUAACUUGAUUCACUGCUUUUCAAAAAUGAGGUGAGUAAGGUAUCUUAAGUUUAAGACUCUGUAAACAGUAUGUUUUUAACAUGUUAAGCUGCAUUAAAUUGGUGUAAUUAAUUAGUUAUUGGUUAAUAUUUUUGUCUUCAGGUAUAAACAAGGAUCAGGUGACCCUGGAGGCUUCAUGGCAUUUUUAAAAAAAAGAAGGAUUGAAACCUGGAGUCACUCUUCGAUACGUGGGCAAUCAACUUCGUGUAAUGUUU